AAAGUUCCUUCUCAAUGAGGCUUUUACAUGUUCUUCUGCUAUUCACCUUUUUGGUAGUGGCUUCUGGAUUUGUACUCGGCACCGGUGGUGGAGGCUUCUCCAGUUCCUCCGAAGAAUAUUGUCCAGCCAGAGCUGUCUACACGCUGUACAGGAAUUCCAUCUACGGAUGUACAUGUUUGGUCCACGAAAGCAACUUCCUCUCGCUCACGACAGUUCGCCGCCGUACUGGACUUGUAAUUAUAAUUGUCAUCGUAAUGCAAGUGCGCCCCGCCGGAUUUGACCGACGGCGCGCCCGCUCUUAAUUUGUAUCCCCGUCCAGAACGUUCCGUUCGCCCCGCCCUUCCACCGCAGCCUGCUAUAUAAGGUGUCAUUUCCCUCAUUCGAGGUCUUACUUCCGUUUAUCUGGUUUUAUGCCCCGUUUCCCCUUUUGUCAUCCUUCCCCCAUUGAUUGUGCUGGACAUUGUUCCACGAGCCCUUCAAUUAUCUUAAUAAACCUAUUAAUUAGCAAAUA